UUUAUAGUAUAGAGUUUACGUUCUACAUAAGUAAAAAGUUACAACGUGUGUGGCACACGCUUGUGUUUUAUUCUAGUGAUAUAGAAGAUUUGCUUUAAAAUAAUGACUUCAAUACAUGCUUGCAGUUUGUUUAACAAUAUAAAAAGUCCUUAUAUUUUUUGUGGACUACUUCCUUAAUAUUGAUUUAUACCGUCCUGUUCUCUUUCUUUGUUUUUCUUUUCUUCUGUGACCUACCCAUUUCUCGUAUGACCGAUAAUCUCGCACUAAUACUGGUUUUUUGAUUUUGUUAUCCAGUCAAUCAAGUCAAAUAAUUAAUUGUAGCCGUGACCGUGUAUGAGCUGCCAACGACCUACUUUUCUUGAGCACAUCCCGAACGGGGACGAGUGAGAGGAAAAGGAAAAACAAGGUGACCUUUCAUCGAACAAUCAGAUAUUCGAAUUUAUGUAAAUCCAAAUAACGGAAGCACCCACAAUAUGUCACAAGAAGACGAUCGCUGGCACUUUUUUUAAAAGUGAAAAGCAAAAUCGGUAACAUUCGUGCGCGAGACAGCGUUGGAUUACAUCGACAGGUUCUAUUCAUAUGAGCUACUUAUUGCUGUUAUCGGAAGUGACGAAAAUCAACAAGUGCGGUGGGGAUCGGAGGAUACAUUUGUCGAACGGUGAUCCUCUUGACGGGCGCUCACCACAAGUGGGCGAUCAGUUUUUCGUAGGACGUGUCUCUCUUCUCAUCGUAUAUCGACGAGCAGCGAGACGCUCGUGAAGCAAAUCGUAUAUCGAAGUUUAUCCGUUCCUCUUCUUAUUUUAAUGUGUUGAUUUUGAGCAAAGACCACGAGUACCAAAAGUUCCUGCAUUUCAAAGUUUGAGAAAUAAUAACAAGACAAUUCAGUGCUCGUUAAAGAAAAAAUUCCCUACAUCUGAGCACAUUACAUCACCGACAUGGCUAGUCUUAUACGAGACGUAGUUAGUAAUUAUAAUGAAGCUGUGAAAAAUAUUAAAGAUCCAGUAAUAGACACAUGGCCUUUAAUGGGAUCUCCGGGACCUGUAUUAUGUAUUGUCGGCGUAUAUUUAAUAUACGUCUUGAAGGUUGGACCAAAAAUGAUGGAGAAAAAGCCAGCCUUUCAGCUGAAUACCGUUAUGAUUUUAUAUAAUGCGUUUCAAGUGCUCUUCAGUAUCUGGCUGGCAAGUUUGACACAACAAGUCGAUAUUAAAGAUUUAUUCACUUUUCACGGAUGCAAUUUGCAUUUACCUGAUGCAGAAAUAAAACACAAACAAGCAGUGAUAUCACGAUUGGCAUGGUGGUAUUUCUUCGCAAAAAUGAUUGAACUUCUCGACACAAUAUUCUUCAUUUUGAGGAAGAAGCAAAACCAGGUGACUUUUCUUCAUGUUUAUCACCACUCUUCAAUGGCCAUUUGGUCAUGGUGUUACUUAAAAUUUUUACCUGGCGAACAAGGUAUUGUCGUAGGAUUCUUGAAUUCCGUGGUCCACAUUAUUAUGUACAGUUAUUAUUUCGUCGCGGCACUUGGUUCCAAAUACAGAAAAUAUCUCUGGUGGAAAAAAUAUAUGACUAAGAUUCAACUGCUGCAAUUCGUAUUAAUGUUAUUCUAUCUACUAUUAACAUUGGUCAUGGAUUGCCGAUUACCGAAGGCUUUGUCCUACUUCUUUGUAACAAAUGUGACAAUUUUUAUUUAUUUGUUCAGCGACUUUUAUCGAAAAGCGUAUAAAACGAAAACAGCCUAAUAAUAAUUAGAAAAUUAAUCUCGCAAAUAGUCAAUAAAAAUUCGAAUUCGAAUGUACUUAUAUCUAAAGUUUUAAAUAAUAAAUAGAUUUUAAUGAAAUAUUAAUAAGAUAUAUUCUGACAAAAUAUGUAAGAAGAUAACUGCAACUCCCAGUGCAGCAAUCUUGUAUAUUUGUAUCAUUUGUUUUUACAAUGAAAAAUGUUAUGUAAAUAAAAAUAUCAAAAUGUGAAAGCGAUCAAAAUGCUUGCAACUUUGUAAUUUAUUAGUAAUACAAUUACAAAGAUUUUAUAUUUAAUCCUCGAAACGAUUGUUUUCUAGAUUUAGUUAUUAUUUGACAUUGUAUGUAUAUCAAAACUCAAUCUGUUUUAGAAGAAUUAAAAAGAAAUAAAGAGAAAAAAAACAACAUUCA